CUCUCCUCAUUUCAUGGUUAGGUCCCAACUCUCUCAUUUCUCACUCUCUGAUUCAUUUCAUCUCUCUUUCUCUCUCUCUCUCUUCGUUUCCAUGGAAGGAAGAAGGUGAUGAGUUCAUCAAUCUCUCUCUUUUAGUCUUUUACUGAUACAUGAUGAUGAAAGUCAUCUCCUUCCUUUUUUGGUAUAUCCCUUUUUCUUCUUUCUCUGUCUAACUCCUGAACUCUUAAGAUCUUUCUCUCCCAAAGCUCUUCUUUAAGAGCUCAGGUCACUAUCUGUCGGGAGCGGUGACAGCACUGAUUACUGGAGUUAAGAGCAAAUAUUGGGUGUUAAGUAGAUUGGUUCUGUUCAUGGCCUCAAAGUCUGGUUCUGGAGUUCUCCCAGAAAUUAAUAAGCAAACCUCGGAAGCAUCGUUUUCCAAUUCCAGUCAUAGUGUCUCAGUCAACACUUUGGCAGAUCAAGUAUCUUCUACUUUAUCUUUUGCUCCAAGCAGUGACAGUAAAACUGGUGGAGAAGUUAAACUUAAUGAGCAGUCUGAUCCUGCUGAAAGCGGAAAGAGUAACACAUAUAGACCAAGCACAAGCAGUGACAUCAGUGAUGAGAGCACAUGUAGUAGCUUAAGUAGCAACAACAAGCCUCACAAGGCGAAUGAUGUGAGAUGGGAAGCCAUACAAGCUGUCCGAACAAAACAUGGUAUUUUAGGUUUGAACCAUUUUAGGCUCUUGAAGAGGUUAGGGUGUGGGGACAUCGGAACUGUCCAUCUUGCUGAGUUGCAUGGAACAAGGUGUUAUUUUGCAAUGAAGGUUAUGGACAAAGGGGCUUUGGCUAGUCGUAAAAAGCUUCUUAGAGCUCAGACCGAGAGGGAGAUAUUGCAAUGUCUUGACCACCCUUUUCUCCCAACUUUGUAUAGUCAUUUUGAGACUGAUAAGUUCUCAUGUUUGGUUAUGGAGUUCUGUCCUGGAGGUGACUUGCAUACUCUUCGACAGAGACAGCCGGGGAAGCGAUUCUCGGAACAAGCAGCAAAGUUUUAUGUAGCAGAAGUACUUCUUGCGAUGGAAUAUCUUCAUAUGCUUGGGAUCAUUUACCGUGAUCUUAAGCCAGAGAAUGUUCUUGUGAGAGAAGAUGGACACGUUAUGCUUUCUGACUUCGACCUUUCUUUGAGGUGUACUGUUAGCCCCACAGUGGUCAGAUCAACUGCUCUCGUGUCUGAAGGGCAAAGGAACUCGGGUUAUUGUGCCCAACCUGCUUGCAUCCAACAGCCAUCUUGCAUUUCUGCUCCUACAACAUGCUUUUCUCCGCGAUUUUUCUCAAGUAAAUCCAAGAAAGACAAGAAGAUGAAAAAUGAAACUGGAAACCAGGUUAGUCCGUUGCCUGAGCUCAUUGCAGAGCCUACAAGCGCUCGUUCAAUGUCAUUUGUUGGCACACAUGAGUACUUAGCCCCUGAGAUCAUCAAAGGUGAAGGGCAUGGGAGUGCGGUUGAUUGGUGGACUUUUGGAAUCUUUCUGUACGAGCUAUUGUUUGGUAAAACCCCGUUUAAAGGAUCUGGAAAUCGAGCAACACUCUUUAACGUUGUGGGUCAACCUCUUCGUUUCCCUGAAUCUCCAGUUGUCAGUUUUGCUGCUAGGGAUUUGAUUAGGAGUCUGCUUGUGAAGGAACCUCAGCAUAGAUUAGCGUAUAAGCGUGGUGCAACUGAGAUGAAGCAACAUCCUUUCUUCGAAGGAGUGAAUUGGGCAUUGGUUCGAUGCGCUAGCCCACCAGAGAUACCGAAACCGGUUGAUCUUGAGAGUGCUCCUGCUACUCCAGCAGCAGCCACAUCUACCAGUGUCAAGUCUGACCAGAGUAAUUAUCUGGAGUUUGAUUUCUUUUGAGAACUUUCAGCAAGAAAACUGCCAAUAGAUUAUCAAAUUGUUCUCUGCAAUCUGCAAAUCCGUUUAGUAUUUUGAAAAUGUGAUAACUCUUUAAUUCUUUGUCAAUGCCAUUCAUGGAAAAUUCUGAAUACUCUAA